UUAGUUUAUUGCUGUUAAACAUAAUCUGAACUAUUUACUGCCAAUAACUUUGCACAUACAAGGACGUUUACUUUGUGAAAGGUACAUAACAAUAAACCAAAAACAUUGAAACACCCUAAUCAUUUAUAAAUAGAAGAAAUAUUAACAUUUUCAAAUAAAAGGUUAAUAAAAAACUGUUAACAGUAUAAAUACAGUAAAAACUAAACAUGUAAAUUCUGCAUUUAAUCUCGUUUUUAAUAUGAAUUGACUUUAUUGUUGAAGAAUAACCCGUUGUUUGCGCAUUGCGCCUCUGUAUUUGUCAACAGAGUGUCUUUUAUUUUGAAACACCCCACCGGAAGCUGCGUCUCAUGACCGCGCUUCAGUACUUCCGCUUUAAAAAGCUCUCCGGCACCGACGCCAUCUCGGGCUAGAAGGACGUCCGUUCGUUUAUUUUUAGCGGCAGAUAUUAUUUGAAAUGAUAAACAUUGAUAUCCGAUUAGUUUAUUAGUUAAAUUAAGAAGGAGCAUGUUGGACGAAUCUCCGGCUCGCGGCCCCGAAGCGGACAUCGGCGACGCCGAGAACAACAACCCGAGGUCGGGGGAAACGAGGCAGGCGCUGCGGAAGAAGAAAGGAGGAAGGAAGCUGCGGAAGUUUCCGAGGAGCAGCCCCUGCAUCCGGCUGUCAGACCUCAACAACAACAACAACAACAACAGUAGCAGCAGUAGUAGCCCUACCGAGCCGCCGAUCGGUCCACAGAGCGCGCUCAGCCUCCACAACCUCAAACAGCCACCGAGGAAAGAGCUCCUGAAGUCCAAAGGCGUCCGAUCGGAGCGAGGAGCGGCGCCCCCUAGUGGCCAAGCCGGCCACAGCACGGUCACACGGGGCCACAGGGCCAAGCAGGGCCCGGCUCACCCCGCGAAGAAGAAGAAAGACCCCGGCCCUUCGAAUAAGCUCCUCCCCCUCCUCCACGACACCGGCGGGGUCAGGAGCGCGCCGGAGGCCGAACCUCUCAAGGACGGCGAGAAGGUCUACGCCGGGGCCAAGUUCAGCGAGCCGCCGGCGCCGAGCGUCCUGCCCCAGCCGCCCAGCCACUGGGUCGGGGGCGGCGAGCCGCGGCGGAGCGACCGGCGCCGGGAGCAGAUGAGCGUCGACCUGAAGUCGCUGCUGAAGGUCCGAGGAGAGUCGUGACCGCCGGCGCCGCAUGGGACUCGUGUGAGGACAACUGGGAGGGGGAGGGGCAAAGAAGAAAAUGACGCCGAAUUCGAGUUUGGCGCAAUGCAACGUCGGGAGUUUCUUGGUUAACCGGAGGACAGUUAACCGCGUGUGACGGAGACGUGUGACGGACGCGCACGUGGGCGUCGGCCCGUUUGGGAAAUAUGUUGCUGUUGUUGUUGUUUGUGUGAUGUAAGAAAGUGUGCGGCGGGAGGAUGAGGACGUCUCCGGCACGUUUACACGGUGCAGAGGGAUGACGCAACUUUCUCUUGGAUAAGUUGUGCGUGUUUAUGUGUGUGUGUUUAUCUAUGUGUUUGUGUUUGUGUUUUUUUGUGGUUUUUUUCUGUACAAAAUAUAUUGUAAACAUAUAUUUGUGUAUAUUCUUUUCCUCGUUGUUUUAUCAGAUUCUAGUUUUGUUACGAUGUUGUUGUUUUUUCAACAAAAAGAAAAAACCUCCUCAUCCGGAGGCUCCGUGAGAAACCUCCUCCUCCCGCCGCCGCGUGUUUGACCCCCGGUCGCGCUCGCUGGGUCAAUAGUGAAGACGAGCGAGGAAACCCGAAGACGAGCAACCGGAGCGCCAGU